GCCCUCUGAGCUCCUGUCCCCUCUGUGCCUGUGGAGCUAGGCUCCAGGUGACCCAUGAACCAGGGACUCUGAUGGGAGAACUGGGUUCUGGAAGAACAGACUCGGCUGGCCACCCCCAGGCCACCACGUCGAGCAGCUGGAACUGAGGAGCCAGGUGCAGGGGGACUGGGGGUCCACAGAGGGGCGCGGAGAGCCAGUGGUUGGAGGAGCCUGCCCUGCGCAGUUUGGCCAGACUUUGUCCGGAGGGUGUUUAACUCUCACGCAGCUGGUGUGAGCAGGCCCCGGAAGCUCACCCGACCCCUGUGUGGCCCAGGGCGGCAGCAUGGAGCACGUGAGCAGCCCGCUGACCACACACGUCCUGGACACGGCCUCAGGGCUCCCGGCCAGGGGCCUCUGCCUCUGUUUGUCCCGCCUGGAGGACCAGGGCCAGCAGUGGACAGAGCUGAGGAAAAGCUGCACAGACCUGGACGGCCGCUGCCCAAGGCUCCUGAUGCCAGGCCAGAUGAAGGCAGGCACCUACAAGCUAUCCUUCAACACCGGGGACUACUGGAAGAAGAGGGGGCAGGAAAGCUUCUACCCGUAUGUGGAGGUUGUUUUCACCAUCACAAAUGAGACCCAGAAGUUCCACGUGCCUUUGCUGCUGAGCCCGUGGUCCUACACCACGUACCGGGGGAGCUAGAACAGAGCCUGGUGUGAGGGAGGCCAUCGGUCCCUUCCUCGUUCAGCUGUCAUCCACCCAGGACAGGGCACUGGAGUCACCCGCUUCCUGGGGGAGGUUCUGGUUCCCCUGGGGUUCCUCCGUGGUGACAGUGACUCAGGCAUCAAUAAAGUCAGCGCUGUCAUCGGCA